AUGAAAGAUAUCGGUCCAGUUAAACGUUGCUUGGGAAUUGAUUUUGAUCAAAACCUUAAAACUAAUCAAGUUUUCUUAUCACAGCAAAAAUAUGCAGAAGUUAUUUUAGAACGUUUUGGUAUGGCGGACUUUAAACCAGUCUCCACUCCCUUAGUGAUAAAUUGUGGAUUGACCUGCCCCAAAGUAAAGGAUGAAAAGGAGAUGUCCGAAUACCCUUAUCAGCGCUUAAUAGGAGCACUAAUGUAUUUAACUGUGACAACACGCCCCGAUAUUGCAUAUGCUGUAAAUUACUUGAGUCAAUUUAAUUCAAAUUACACUGAAGAACAUUGGAAAGCAGCCAAAAGAAUUUUACGCUUUAUUAGAGGAACGAUCGAUUAUGGUUUGCUCUAUAACAAAACAAAUUUGAAACUAUACGGAGUAGUAGAUGCAGAUUGGGGUGCAAACAUUGAAGAUAGGCGAUCAUACUCAGGCUUUGCCUUUCUCUUGGCAGGCGCUGCCAUAAGUUGGGAGGCACUGUUUCCUUAUCAAGCACCGAAGCAGAAUAUAUAG